GUCCGCACAAAUGACAUCUUGACAUUGAAUCCCGCGGCAGCAGUACAAAGAGACGUCGAUAAAUUAAUAAAAAAUCGUACCUACCUAAUGCGUUAUUACAAUUAUACUGUGUUGUCUUAUCAGGAAUAAAUAAUAGAAUUGGAAAAUCCAUAUAAUCGGUGGAUCGUGUAAGAAAAUUUAAAGUAAAAUAUGGCAAGCGCCGAGAAUGGUGACUUCCCAGACAAGCAAAGAAUACAGGCGGAGCCUAAAAUGAGUUCAAUCAAUUUGGAUAAAGUCCUGGAGGAUGAAGUUGGGGCGUUCGGGUGGUUCCAGAAGCGGGUCAUCCUGCUGGCGGGGCUGCUGGGGGUGUUCGUGUCAUGGUCCAACAACGAAUACGUUUUCACUACUGCAAGAAUCCCAACCAGAUGUCACAUUCCGGAGUGUGACCUGGAGGAGCCCGAGUUCCACAGCGAGUGGCUGCCGAGCGCGAUCCCCGGCAGCGCGGUGGCGCUGGACGGCUGCCAGCGGUUCGGCGCCGCCAACGCCUCCGCGGCGCGCGCCGACGCCUGCCCGCCCGACUGGUUCGACCGGGACCGGCUCGAGAGCUGCGAGCGACAUCUCUACGAGAAUACAGACACUGUCGUUUAUGAUUUUGACCUGGCCUGUGACGAAUGGCGCCGGGCCUUGAUCGGUUCCAUGAAGGUAUUCGGCAUGUUGCUCGGGGUGCCCCUGACCGGCUACGUGUCCGACCGCUUCGGCCGGCGCACGGCGGCUGUCAUCACUGCUGUCAACUGCGCAUGGAUCGGCAUCUUGAGAUUCUUUGCGAACACCUAUAUAGGGUUCAUCAUAUCUGUGUUCGCAGAAACCGCUUUCGGAUCUGCAUACACGACUGUUUUUAUUUUAAUGAUGGAAAUAGUGGGCCCUAAGUUUCGCGUGGGUGUCGGUGCCACCAUGACCUCAUUUUUCUCCAUCGGUCAAAUGAUAAUGGCCCUAAUCGCGUGGGGUGUACCAAACUGGAAGCACCUCACUUUGGCGCUCUUCGCUCCGCAGUUCAUUACAAUAGCGUACUUCUGGCUUCUGCCUGAGUCGUUCCGCUGGUACAUGAGCAGAGGUCGAUAUGAAGAAUCUCAAAAUGUAUUAAAGAAAAUUGCAAAAGUAAACAAGAAAACACUGUCCGAAAAAUCUUUGAUAGCCCUAAAACAGUUCGGCGAAGAAGAAAAAGCAAGGCAAGAGAAGCUGAAAGAACAAAGUAAAAACGAACCAUGGCUGAUUGUUUUGGUCUUCCGCCACAAACCGAUACUGAUCCGGUGUUUAGUGUCGCCCAUUUGGUGGAUUACUACGACGUUUAUUUACUACGGUCUUACGAUAAACGCUGUAAACAUGUCCGGGAACCGAUUUGUGAAUUACAUAGCUGUAAUGGCCGCCCAAAUACCGGGAUACUGGAGUGCGGUGUUUCUCAUUGAAAAAAUUGGCAGAAAACCGGCUUUGAUCACAGCAUUCUGGCUAUGUGCAGCAUGCCAGAUAGGAUACAUUAUCAUGCCAGAAGGGCAAUACGCGCUCUCCUUGACGUUGUAUCUAGCGGGCACGUACUGCAUUUCCAACGUGGUAACUGCAGUCUACUCGUACACCGCCGAGCUGUAUCCGACUAAGUACCGCAACAGCUUGUUCGCGUUCUCGUCAACGAUGGGCAGAAUCGGCAGUAUCUUGGCUCCACUCACGCCUGCACUAGGAGCUGCGGUGUGGGACAAGCUGCCGUUCGCGCUGUUCGCCGGCCUGGCCUGCCUGUCGGGCGCGCUGGUCUUCAUCACGCCGGAGACGCGCGGCACCAAGUUCCCCGACACCAUGGAAGAAGCCUCCCAACUUGGCAGGAACAACAAGCGUACUAGUACUAGGUUAUAACGAAAAAAAAAGAGCUAGAAGUUAACUUUGCAUUUUAUUACCCGACUGCGCCAGAAGGAGGGCUAUGUUUUUUUUUAUUUUGGUACUUGCAACUUUACUACUCAAUACUCUAGGAUACCACUCCACAAACUAAAGGGCUUUAAUGAAUGUGCUAAAGUGUAAGUUAAAUGGGGGUCAAAAGCACCUCAAAAUUAUUUAUUUAAUG